CUUAAUAGUUUUGAACAGAAGGAACUACACAACAGACCACAUAACAAUCCAAAACCAGAAAAUAAUAGCCCUACGUCCAAACCAGGCAGCAAGAAUCUUAGGAAUCUAUAUGGAAGGCUCAGGCACAAAAUCAUUUCAAAAGCAUCUAAUUCAAGAGAAAACCAUCAA